AUUAUUAUUCUCUACGUAGCUGAGAAUUGACUUUUAACAAGAGGCGCCAACAGCAUAGAGCCAACAGCAAACAUGGACAUCUCUCUUCAAACCCACCAAUCAUAUAUUGGGAAAUCCGUCCACGACUUGCCCACCCCGGCCCUUGUUCUGAGCAAAUCAGUCAUAGAAAAAAAUGUCAACAGAUUGCAUGAAGACGUAGAAAAGCUAGGCAUUGGCUUUCGCCCGCAUGUCAAGACCCUCAAAACAAUCGAAGCGACAAGGAUCAUGCUGGCGAAUGGGAAAUAUCGAAAAAUCGUUGCAUCGACUCUGUGUGAAAUCCGAGGAUGUUUACCUCUGGUCAAAGAGGGGAUCCUCGACGAGUGUCUAUAUGGCCUCCCUGUUCGCCCCUCCGUCUUAAAUGACUUGAACGCAUUUACUACUCAACACAAUCUCAAAAUCGUCCUGAUGGUUGACCAUCCUGACCACAUACGCAUUCUCGACGAAUUCAACACUCGUACUGGGCGUACCGCCCCUUGGCCUGCCUUUAUCAAAGUUGACGUGGGCACAAAUCGCGCUGGGAUCAUGAAUUCGUCACCGCGAUUAGACCAGGUCAUCCAGUCCGCAAAUGCGUCGGCGGCAGUCUCGAUCUAUGGAUUUUACUGUCACGCAGGUCAUUCUUAUGCUUCAAAGACAACUGACCAGGCAGUCAAGGUUCUGGAAGAAGAAUUGAAUGGCGUGUUGAUGGCAUCCGAGAAGCUUGUCGACCGCAGCAAAACCGAAGAAAUAAUUCUCUCCAUUGGUGCCACCCCGACAGCACAUGUAGUGGCAAAUCUAAAGCAAAACCUCCCAGCGAAUACAAACCUAGAGCUUCACGCCGGAAAUUUCCCAGCAAAUGAUCUGCAACAAGUCGCUACCGGGCUCGUUUCCUUCGAUGAUCAAGCCGUGAGAGUUGUUGCUGAAGUAUGCAGUGUGUAUCCAGAGCGCAAUGAAGCAUUGAUCAACGCUGGCGUAAUUGCACUCACGAAGGAGGCAAGCUCCUUCAGCGGUCUGGCUCGGUGGACGGAUGGAAUUGACUGGAGCAUCGUGCGCGUCAGUCAAGAGCAUGGAAUUUUCGGGUGGGUAGGAGAAGAGUCGAAGAAGGAAAAAGUUGAGAACAAGUUUCAUGUUGGACAGAAAGUUUCGUUGUACACGCAGCAUGCUUGUAUUACUAGUGCGAUGUACUAUGUGAUGUAUGUGGUGGAUGAACAGGAUAUUGUCAGGGAAACGUGGAUUCCAUGGAAAGGGUGGUAGCUUGAUUAUGUCAAAAUUGAGAGUAUAGUUGAUAUCAAUUGAUAGCAUAGUAGGAGCGGCGUUUAGACAUAAAAACACAUAUAAUACAAGUUAAGUAGCGAUAUGCUUGAGUAAAAAUAUGAUUACAUCUUUUUUUCCCCAGUAGAAUGAUUGGUUAAAUGCCAUUUCUUUCCUCGGUUGAAUUUUCGUUUCCUGAGCCAAACUUGGUCCAUAAUACCUUGAUCCAAAACACAGUCUCCAUAGUCCCGACAAUAGCAAGUGCAGUAUAAACAAUUACUUUCGUUGUGCGGC